AUGAGCGGCCGUGGUAAAGCUGGUAAGGUGGACAAGACCAAGUCCAAGACUCGAAGCUCUCGCGCUGGUCUGCAGUUUCCCGUGGGCCGAAUUCAUCGUCUCCUGCGAAAGGGCAACUACUCGGAGCGAGUUGGUGCUGGGGCUCCCGUUUACCUUGCCAGCGUUCUCGAGUAUCUAGUGGCUGAGGUACUGGAGCUGGCUGGAAACGCUUCUCGAGACAACAAGAAAAGCCGAAUCGUGCCCCGACACAUCCAGCUGGCCGUCCGCAACGAUGAAGAGCUGAACAAGCUACUGGGCGGCGUGUGCAUUUCACAGGGAGGAGUGAUGCCCAACAUCCACAGCGCUCUUCUCCCCAAGAAGGCCUCCACCAGCAACGGCCCCAGUAAACUCAGCCAGGAAAUCUAA